AUUUGAAUGAGUUUAUCUAGGAAUGGAUCUAAGCUAUCAAGACAUGAUCGAAUUACAAAUUCUUAGAUAAUAGAUUUAAAGAAGAGUAAAUUAUAUUCAUCUUCAAGCAAGAAUUCUGAUCAACCAGGUGGAUUUUUUCUUAGUUUAGCAAAUGUAAAAGCACCAGAUUAUGGAUAAGGACAAUUAUUGAAUAAUGAUGCUUUGAAAAAUAAAAUAAAGGAGAAGAGAAAUUAAAGAUCAAUGGAUAAUGAUUCUAUGUUGAAUAAAUUAGUAACUAAAGUUGAGAAUAAAUUGAUUUCAUCGCCAUUAAAAAAAAAAGUAAUUGCAAUUGAUCCCAAAAUUGAAUUACCUACUCAAAUGAAAUCAUAUUCCCUUACUCCUUAAUCUCGACUAUAAUAGUUUCGUAUAUCAAGUCCUUCUUCAAAGCCUAGAUCAUAGAGUUAAAACAAAAGAAAUGAAAUCUAUUAUCUAAGUAAACUCUAAAAGGCAUUUGAUACUAAUGGUUCUGAUUAUAUCUCUCGUAUGUAUCGUGAACAUUUCCAUUAAACUUAUUAGGGCUUAAAUUGUAAGUUUUUUCCUCAAAAUAAUAAUGACUAUAAUCGAUCUCAUAAAAUACCCAAAAAAAAUUAAAGUAAAUUAAAUCAUAACCAAAUAAGGAUAAAUUACUUUGUUUUUUGAUUUAGAUGAAACUUUAGUACAUUGUAAUGAAACACCCUCUUUACCUUGUGAUGUACUUUUAGAAAUUAAUGUUUCUAAACAUCAAACAGUAAGAGCAGGAAUUAAUGUCAGACCUUAUGCAAAAGAAAUGUUAAAAAAUCUCUCAAAUUAUUUUGAAAUAAUUAUCUUUACUGCUUCUCACAGUUGCUAUGCAGAAAAGGUAAUAGAAAUAUUUAAUUAGGUUUGCAACUACUUAGAUCCAGAUUAAACAAUUGUAAGUCACCGAUUAUUUCGAGAUAGUUGUACUUAAACGAAUAGUUCUCUGUACACUAAAGAUUUGAGAAUAUUUUGUGAUAGCACAAAUAGACAAUUAAAUUAAGUUGCUUUGAUAGACAAUGCAUCUUAUUCAUAUGCAUGGCAAAUAGAUAAUGGAAUACCUAUAAUUCCAUUCUAUGAUAAUAAAGAGGAUAAAGAAUUGAUAGAGUUGGAAAAAUAUUUAAAAAAUAUGAUAGGCGUAUCUGAUAUAAGAGAAUAUAAUAGAAACAAUUUGAAAUUACAUUAUUUUGUGGAUCACCGUGGACCUUACAAAGUAUUAGAAAAUCUAUUUGGUAGGCCACAAUAACUUUAAUGA